CUCGUCCGGGUUUAUACUUUUAUUCUGCACCACAUCUCAUUCCUCUGGCUGUCCCAAUACUAUGUCGGCCCAUCAGCAACAGCUCAGGGGCCCAUCCUUCCCGGGCCAGCAGCAACAGCACAAAGUCACAGCAAAUGGGGACAACCAACAUGCUCAAGAGCAUAAACCAGCAACUGCCAACGCAUCCACAAAAAAACGCAAAGCAUCGCCUGCACCCUCAUCCACAGACAGGCGCAGGAUGUCAACAGGGAUCUACCCUUCGACGGAUGAUGAUGCAGCAUCCACAUCAAGCAAACCUGUCAGGGAACCGAAACGCACCCGAGUACACUUUUCAUGUGUCGAGUGUCAUCGACGAAAACAAAAGUGUGAUCGAAAAGAACCCUGCUCGCAGUGUGUUGCUAGGCGUGUACCCCACUUAUGUCGACCAUUCCUCAAUGGCGUUGAGGACCCCAACAUAUCAAAUAAUACGGACGUGAAUGCUCGUCUUAAUACUAUUGAGAACCUCUUGACUCGACUUGUAUCUUCCAUCCCGCAAGCCAUCGCCUCUCGGCCCUUUGCUGGUGAUGCAGGCUCACCCGAUGUAUCCUCCCUCACCGCAUCCGGCGAAGAAAUCUUUCAUCCCCAUGUAACACUUCCAGACCCCGCGUCUCGCGUCACCAUGCCUCAUAAACCGCCUCCUUCUGGUCUCUUCCCUUCCAAUAUGUCAUAUACAACUCCUCCUUCUCGGACGGGAUAUGGCUGGGGUCUGAGAGAAGGACGCAGAAUAGCGCUGUCUCUGGAUGAUAACUUUGAGCUGAGGGAUAUGCUGCAGACGCUCAAGGAGAGCGGAGUAUCGCAAGGACAUUUGGAAUGGCUGAUUGCGGGUGUACCGGGCCGAAGGAUGGCAGAUGGAUUGGUCGAGUUGUAUUUCAGGGAUAUUGACUGGACCCGGUAUAAAAUCAACAAGUUCUCAUUCAUGUCGCGGUAUAAUAAGUUUUUCGAAUCCAUUGGCCGAAACCCAUCGUGCCCGAAGGUCGACGCCGAUACUCUCAAAUGGCUCCCCCUCAUGUUCAUUCUUCUUGCCAUUGCGGCACUCUCUGCUCCGCACGAGCUUGUGCCCAGGGAUGAACAAUUGGGUUGGUCACGUAGAUUCUAUGGCUCGGCGCGAAGUGGGUUGGAGUACGCCAAGGCUCUGCAACGGGACAACUUGGAUGUUCUCUUUGCCGGAUUACUUGCAUCUCGUUACAUGCUCCUCACACGUCGACCAGCCGAAGGCUCUGCCCCUGUCACUACCGCUUUCCAACUCGGUCUCUAUCGAGACGGUUCCGUGCUCAACAUUUCGGACAAGAAGGAAGUUGAGAUUCGUCGUCGGGCUUGGGCUAUGCUCUAUCACAUUGACCGUACCAUCUCGCUCCUGGUCGGCAGGCCCCCAUCCAUCUCUGACGCCCAUACCGAUACCCAGCCGCCCGCGAAUCUUGAUGAUGAAGAAGUUGAAAGCGGCGACUUUGACCCGGCCGGACACCCUUUGACUACCCCUACUUCAUACACAUACGUUAUCGUGCGACACAAGCUUGCAGAGAUUAUGGGUCGUAUUGCCUAUCAUACAUUCGCUAUCCAACUUCCCGACUAUGGCACCGUUGUUUCUCUCGACCGCGAACUUCUCGCUUGGCGAGAUAACCUUCCUUCUUUUUUCCGUAUGGAAAACCCCGAUACAUCUCUCGACCAGUCACACCCUUACCUCUUUGUCCAGCGACAUCUUCUCGCGUGCGAGUGGUAUUACACACGUAUCACACUUAAUCGACCUUACUUGCUUCGAAGAAAACCCCAGGAUAGCCGGUAUGCGUACUCGAAGACGGCGGCUAUUGAGAGUGCAAAAGCGGACCUGUUGUGUAGGAGAGCGUUUGUGAUGGAAAAAGGUAAUUUGGUUGUGAACAGUGGAGGGUAUAGGGUGUUGAAUUCUUACAUGGUCCUUGGUGUCACUAUCAAGCUCGAUCCUGACUCGCCGCAGGCCGAUGAGCUCCGUCAACUGCUGAACGUUGUAUCUGGCCGUCUUCCCGACUCUCAAAACCGCAUCUCUGAACCCCUUGUCAAGGAAGAACUCGCCAUCGUUGAAUUCCUCACCGCUAAGAACCUCGGCAAACCUCCACGUCUUCCACCUAACCGGAAUACAGAAGCUUCUGGCGGUGCAGGCGAUGACCAGACCCCCGUGGAUCUUUUACUUAACUUGGCGAAGACGAGGAGCGGGAAACGAGCGGCCGAAGAGGAGAAGAGACAAUUGCGACUGCAAGCUGCGAGGGAAAAGGAAGAGCAACGACAGGCGGCAAAGAGGAAUGCUGGAGCAGAGAAUAUAUCGUCCAGUCCAUGGGGAUAUGUGGCACCGCCGAUGCCGGGGCUGGACGUGCAGCAGCCUUUUGACAACGAUGGCAAGCGAGUCCCUCGUCCACUUCAGCCUCCUCCAACCCGCCGCGCAGAUGGGUCCAUUCCUGAUUCCACAGGUUGGUCCCCAGAGAUGGCGCUUGCCCUCUCUCAAACCCCGCUCAAACCCCAGUCCUCUGCUAGUUCGGCCCAAGCUCAAGCCCAAGCACUCGCCAAUGAUCUUCAGAGAUUUGAUUCCUCCAAUCAGAACCGAGCGCUGUUGAGUCCAAGCCAAGGAACGGGCAAUCUGGAUCUUUCGCCUUAUGGUGGGUUUAAUAGCUUGCCGUCUUUGGGCGAUACGCCCGGUUUGAGCGGGUUUGACGGCAGUGCAGGCUUCUUCCAAUCCCAGCCACCUCCGCCGUUGUCUCUCUCCGAUAGGGCUACGUCGAAUAGAAUCAGCUCUAAUUCUAACACUGGCGGGCCGGGGUCACAAGGUCAAGGGCCGCAAGAUGGGAUGUUGGAUGGGAAUGGAGUGCAACAAUUUGGAAAUGCCAAUUUUGAUUCGUUUGAUUUCAACGAUUUAGGGUUGGAUGUUAGAGCUCCUGGGCAGGGAGGAGGGUUUAAUCCUUUCGCGUUACCCCAGACAGAAGAGGGGAAUGCCGAAAACAAUGCUCCUGAUGACGAGACUAUGUUCUUGACUUAUAUCCUAAACAAAUUCGCAAAUGCCCAGCCUGAAAUUUAAUGACUUUCUUGCGGUCUCUGGCUUUGAGAGGAGUUGUAAGGGUCGUGUAGCUCCAAAUUUAUAUUGGUAAUGGGUAAUAAUGUAGUUCUCACAUCUAUACUAUAUGGGCUUGAAGGUUACCGUGAUUAAAAAUUGUAUUAUUAGUGGCUUUGCCGACAUGCAUGUCUUUCA